GUUGACCGUUGAGAUCGCGUUGCACGCUAGACACAUUGCAACGCGGAAGGAAGUGUAUUUGUGUAUUUACAUAUUAGUGAGAGUGAUUUUGAAGUAACGUGAAGACGUUUAGUAUGUGCAUAUUAUGCCACACAAAUUUACUAAUAGAUCGUUGCCUCUCAAUCUUCCGAGACUUUUCCGGAAGAAAGCAUGGGUAAAACGGUAACAACUAAUGAAGGCAAUGGAGCUUAUAAAAGACUCCAAGACUGCAAAACCUGUCGGUACUAGCCAGCAAUAUUUGGACGACAAAAUGGAAUGCAAAAGUAGCACCGUAAUUCAACAGGAAUGUCUGGAGUCAGCAUCAGUUAAAGGUAUGUGUACCAGCAUUGUGAACCCUCGCUACGAAGACAAUACUGUUGUCGAAAGUGACCGCCUGGAUACAAAUUGUAUCCAGGAAAGCACGCGUGCAGGCCGCACUGUGACGCCUCGCGAAGAUGACAACAAUUUUGUUGUCGAAAGUGGCAACCUGGAGCCCCAUCGUAUCCAGGAAAACCUGCCUGAAGGCCGUCGCAUUGUCAACAUUUCUUUUAUGUGGAAUGAAAUCCAUAAAACCUUCGAUAAUCAUGUGCGAGGAAUCGAGUGCCAAUUUAAAGAUUGGAAACUCAUAGAUUCUUAUCGCCGUGGGUUAAAGACGCAGUUGUUCUUCAAAUGCCAAAUGUGCCAUUAUGAAGACACCAUCUGGUCAGAACCCACAGAAUCGCAUGUAUUAGAUAUUAAUACAGCUGCAUAUUAAUACAGCUGCUGCAGCAGGUACCAUUACAAUGGGAAUUAGUUACGCCCAACUUGAAGAGUUGUGUGCGGCUGUAAACAUUCCUUGUAUGUCUGAAAAGACAUACAUUGAUCGUCGAGAUACUUUAGUCGACGAUUUCCUGCAAACUGCCAUGCAAAGCAUGAAAAUGGCAGGCGAGGAGGAAAAACGACUCGCAAUUGAAAGGAAUGAAACUAUAAAUGGCAUUCCAUACAUAACCGUCGUUGCGGAUGGUAGUUGGAUGAAGAGGUUGUACGGCUCUGUCUAUGACUCAUUUUCUGGUGUCGGUGCUAUAAUUGGUUAUCGCACGAGAAAGGUACUCUUCAUAGGUAUUCGCAACAAAUAUUGCGCACUGUGCGACAUGGCGGAGUACCGAGGUCUCAAGGCACGGAAGCACAAGUGUUACAAAAACUUUUACCAUAAUGCAAGCUCGACAAAACUGGAAAGUGAUGCCAUUGUGGAAGGUUUUCAGAGUAGCCUUGAAAUGCAUGGAGUAAUAUACAAAAUACUGAUUGCCGACGGCGACAGUAGCGUAUAUAAUUCAAUCAGGCAUAAUGCACCGUACCGCGAGAUGAAUGUAGUGGUGCAAAAAAUAGAAUGCACCAACCAUUUGCUUCGCAACCUAUGCAAAAAGCUGAAGGCUGUAGUACGAACGACUGCGCCGAAGACGAUGCAUAGGAAGCGUGACUUUGUACAGCUACGAAAGGUUGUGGACAAUAACAUUUUGGCAAUGCGCAAAGAAGUGUUGCGACUAGCCACUGUACGAAGACGCGGAACGCAAGCUCAGCAUAAGAAGGCUUUGGAAUUACAAAAAGACAUUUUAAAUAUUUCUAGCCAUAUCUUUGGUGAGCAUAAGAGAUGCAGAGAACGUGGUGUAUACCAAGAUCUGUGCAAUAAUGUGAAUAAUUAUGUACCGUCUCUGAAACACUGCGGUCUGUUUGAAAAGAUUGACAGUGUUAUCAGAUUCCUGAGUACUUGCGCUGAUAGUUUGUUAUUGAAUGUAACAAACAAUCCUGCAGAAUUGUUCAAUUCGAUAAUCUGCAAGGAAAUUGGUGGUAAGCGCAUUCAUUUCGGUAAACGAGGUUCUUAUAACGCUCGAAUUGCGGGAAGUGUUGUGCAAUAUAAUACAAAACAAGUCCUUACAGAGCUCCAUAAAAGCAUGUGUAAGGAUGUUCCUGCUGUUAUCGGCGAUUUAGAAAAACGACGACAAUUAAAAAUUGCCAGAAAUAAAGAACGCAGAGAGGUGCAUAACAGGAAAAGGUUUAAGCGAGAUGUUGGACCAAAUUCUCAUUACGGUCCACAUUCGCAAAAGCCAGAUCUUCCACCUCACGUAUUUGAGCAAUUGCAGCAGCAUCAUGCUGCAAAAUUGUUAGAAAAUGCAAAUAAUCGUGUCGAAAUUGAAUGCCAGACGAGAGGUCAAAGUGAUUGCGAAUUGUGGCAAUCAUUGAGACGUCUAAUGUUGACAGCAUCCAAUUUUGGCAUCGUUUGUCGCAUGAAACCAACAACGUCUUGCGCAGCGACAGUAAAAAGCAUUUUGUUUCCUCCCUCCAUCGAGAACGUUGCAAUGAAAUAUGGACGCGAGAUGGAGGAAGUCGCAAGGAAACAAAUUGCUGCAAAAUUAAAAAAGGACAUUACGCCAUGUGGAUUAUUCAUUUAUGAUGAAUAUCCAUGCUUGGGCGCUUCUCCUGACGGCAUUAUUGACGAAGACGGUCUCGUGGAGAUUAAAUGUUCUUUCUCAGCUGAGAAUUUGACAGCUGAUGAGGCUUUACAGAAAUUGCCUCAAUUCAAAACCGUGUUUGACCAAAAGAAUCCUGAUGAAAUGAAUCGGAAACACCAAUUCUUUUACCAGGUUCAAGGUCAAUUAAAUAUCACACGGAGAGAUUAUUGCAUCUUUGUUAUGUGGACGCCAAAAAGUUUCAAAAUGGUGCGUGGUAGCAGAGAUGAAGUUUUUUGGGAAAAUGAAAUGCUACCUUUGCUAAUACGUUUCUAUAAUGAAAGCAUGCUGCCGGAGAUAUUGGACAGUCGCCACAAUAGGCACUUGCCAAUAAGAGAUCCGCAGUACAUACUUGAAGCUAAAGAACGUAAAGAUGCAUGUAAAAGGACAAAAAGUUCAGUAGUUGAUCGAAAAAUUUUCUUGAAAGAUGAAACUGCUGAACAGAUUAGUCCAGUAACACCAUCUGCUGUUUCUCAUUGUGAGGAGCAAGAAGAUGAUUGCAUCAUUAUCAGUUAUUCGAACAACGGAGAAUUAACUGAAGAAGAUGCAAGAAGAAUGAAAAACACUCUCGACGAUACGAUUGUUCCUUUCUCUUUACUGGAGCAGAAUAUUUUACCUCUGCACAGCAAAGUGACUGAUGAAUCUUUAGAUGCAUUUUUACGCAUCGUCAGAGAGACGUCUCCUUUCGAGACACAAAGCGUGCAGUACCUGGAAUCUCCUCAGCUCAUUGACGCUAGUAAUAGCGACAUGAGCAUUCAAAUUAUUGGAGGGAAUUGUACCGAUCAUUGGCGGUGCAUUUUCUUUGACGGUUCCAAACUGCAUGUGUAUGACAGCAUACCCGGCUGUACAUACCAUAAAUUAGCAGCAAAGGAAAAAGAUUAUAUUCGCAAACGUUUCCCACUAAUAAACGUGAGCGAUAUAAUUUUUGAAAAGGUGCAAACACAACCGGAUAGUACGAGUUGCGGUAUUUAUGCUGCCGCCUUUGCUACUGCUAUAGCGUUGGGAAAAGAUCCAUGCGAGGAAAAAUAUUCCAAUGACCUGAAGCGCAUGAGACAUCAUUUCCUUAGUAUUUUACAAAGUAAGGAACUGACACUUUUCCCAACAUAAAAGAUGUACAACAAAGCUAGAUGCGAUCAAUUCGUGAUCCGGCAUGUACAAAAAAGCCAGAUGCGGUAAUUCCUGGGCUAGCAUAAAAAAUAAAGUCAGAUGCGAUUUCGAAUGACAUGAAAAUGUUGGCAUGAGAUGUCAUUGUUGCUAUUUUACGACGUAACAAACUGACACUUUUCCGACUUGAAAAAUGUUUACACAUCACGUC